AUGACUUCCGCACCCACGAGUAGCAAGGGCUCUGGCUCGGGUGUUGAUGGCAUCCUGAACAAGCUUUUCAGCAAUGUCCAAGCCAGCAGAUCCAAGGCUCAGCAUCAUUGCGGGUGCGAAUUUUCCCUAUCUCCGUCUCUGCAGGAGUGGGAGACCGUUAUUUGCAAAAGGGAAGUCGCGUACCUAGAUAUAUUGGGCAGCCGGAAUCCGGAAUGGGGCGACAGACAUAGCGUUUAUUUCGUACUCGAUAAGAAAACGGGCGACCGCAUGUCGGUAGUGCACCUCCGGAUCUCAGCGACAGACGCCCAGCACCACUAUGAGGCACUUUCGGGCCACCUGCGCACAAGCUACAUGGCACGGUUCAAGUUCGACCUCAUUAGCGAGGACCAGCAUUCUAAAGACGUGGCUGCCUCGGUGCUGAAAUACCAAAUCCCAAACACCGACAUCAAAGGCCAAUUUGGGGAUAUGCUCGCGGUGCUGUGCGCGGGCCGCCCGACCCCUUGCUUCUACUACGCACUGGACGAGCAGCACUGGGGCGUGGUCAAGUGGAUCGGGACCAUGAUCGGAUUGUUCAACCAGCCCAAAAACCCCUUGUCCAUGGAACCAUCACUCUCCGACGCGGCCAUCACUGCAUUCAUCAAAAGUCCGAACCACAGGUCGGCCGCCUUGUCCGUCUUGGAGGCUUCCGAGAUACUAGUGGCCGAGAUGGCCUCGAAGGAAACCCAACUUUACAAGAUACACCUGAAGAUUGAGGCGACAAACCACCUGCACAAUUUUCGCGACCGAGACAGCCCAGGGGUCUACAUGGCGCGAUUCACGUUCAGCCUCAUCAGCAAGAACCAGCGCGUAGAUCACAUCAGUACUGCCUAA